AGUCACUGUGUCACCAUCGGCCAUUGGAGAAGUGAUUUUUUUUCACAGGGAAUAAAUUGUGGGUGUAAGAGAAAGUUUGCCAAAAUGGAUAUUUUCUUGACAGUCGGCAAAUACAUUAUGAUGCCUAUUAGAUUAAUUUUUUCACCGAGAUAUGUGAGAAUAGCUGCUCUUAUGAUUUCUAUUUAUCAAGUGAUUCUGUCCCAUGCAGUGCUAUUUUCAAUUGUCCUGGGCCUGCUUCAUGCAGAACGGGUGAACAAAGUCCUGGAGGAGGAUAUUGCUGAAGAGAAUGAAAUGGCUGAUAACACAGAAUUGCCAGACAAUGCCGAAACUGUCAAUCAGAUUCGCUUCAAGUCUGCCCAGGAAUUGUCCUCAAUAACUUGCCUGGGGAUGGUUGCCUUGACAACAAUGGCCGCCAUCUAUCUUCUGAGCUGCCUGGCUCUACUAAUUGGAACCCUCAAGAACCGUCCAAAAUUAAUGAUACCCUGGCUAGUUCUGGAUGGCAUCAGUGCCCUCAUCAUGAUACUCUUCAUGACAACAGUUGAUAUGAACAACUACGCCCAAAAGAUGGGAGGGAUUGCUAACUACAUGUUUACAUGUCUUGUAGUAGUCGCAGCCAAUACAUUUAUUUGGGUAAUGGUCCGUCUGAACUACAUGUUUGUUACGCGUGCCAAUAAGCUUGAGGAUCAACUUGUAGAGACUGCAACGGUUAAAUUGCCCUUCCAGGCAAAGAAGGAGAAUGUGUACUUGGGAACUGGUGGCUACAAACACCUCAUCUCUGAUUAUCUCACUGAGAAACCCAAUUAAUCUGACACUAUUAUCAAUAGUUACAAAAUAUUUCCCAUACAACAGAUAAUUCCCCCAAAUAUUUGUACCCCAGAAGCAUGACAAAAAAAAAUCUCACAAUGAACUAUUGGAAGAUCUUCCAAAAAUAAUUAAUAUUCUCCCCCUGUUUCUGUGUCCUCCAAAAAAAAGAAGAGCAAGCAGCCGAAAAUUGAUGUGAUUGAUGUGAUGGAUUAAAUAAAAUUUAAUUCGAAUUGAAACUUA